AUGACCUCUGAGGAGAUGACAGCAUCUGUUCUUGUCUCUGUGGUACAGAGUAAAGUGAUACCUGCUCAGUCAGCUGGAGAUGAAAAUACUGAAAAUGCUUUGGACACCAGUGUUAUAAAAAGACAUACUGCCCGUCUGGGAAGGCAAACCACACAUGCUCUCUCAUACUUACACAGACUUGAAGAAGAAAAUCUUCAGGGCUCGGCGCCCAAAAUAUUCUCUCUGGCAAAAAAACAACUGACUGAUGACAAUAGUAAUGAAAACUUCUGGGAGAGGAACAGCUCCAUCCCUGAUUCAGUGGAAUUUCUUAACAUCAACUAUAACAUUGUACAGAAAAAAAUCAAGGGCAGUAUCCCCUGCAGCCAGCUGUAUAAAUCUUGUGAGCCUUUAGCAGAAGGAGAAGCAUGCCUGGAAACUGGAAUUCCUGUUUCACUGGAAAGAGCCAUGCUUGCUGAAAUUCAGUUGACAAUGAAUGGACCUUCAUUAAGAAGUCAGACAGCAGUAAGUAAGAAUGAUGGCAAUGAUACUGAUCAAGUGGCCUUUUUUCACUUUCAUUGUGCUAGUGAAAGGAAUAUAUCAAAGGCUUUGUGCAGUUUGCACAACAGCUUCAUUUUGGAUGACUGCUUGCAGCCAGCAAGCGUUGGCGGUGGUGGUACCACCAGCUCCCCAGCUUGCACUUGCAGAUUAAUGGAGUUGACAAAUUGUGAGAAUGAAAAUGGGCAGAAGUUUUAUGAAGACUCUUUAAGGGAUAAGUAUUUAUGUCUGGAAAGAGCACCACGAAAAGUUAAAGUGGCAUGCUCAGGUCACAACUUCUGUGGAAAUAACUUUACUGGAAGAAUGCCCUCAAAGCCCUUUCUGAGCCAUUUUGAAGACUGCAAUGAUAACUGUGAAGAAGAGAUGGAAGAGAAUUUUUUUAAAAACAAAAAGGAUCGUUCCACUUUAUUAAUAAGACGUUUCUGUAAAAAUGAUAAAGAAGUUAAAAAAUCAGUUUAUACUGGAACAAGAGCAAUCGUCAGGACUUUACCUUCAGGGCAUAUAGGAACUGUUGCUUGGAAUUACAUUGAGCAAAGAAGAAACAUCACUGGCUUGAAGAUUUCUAGGAUUACAACAGCACAGCUAACUAGAAUUCAGCCCUUAGUGAAAUGGGAGUUUACUUCUUUUCUUGAGAAGUCUUUAUGGUGUGAGAUAUUCAAUACAGUGAGAGAAGAAGAAGGAACAGAAGAUAUUUUGGAAUAUUUUCCUCAGUUUCUGAGAAAUCUCCCAACGUUUGGUACAAACUGUGUAUGCAAGGGUGAUGGUUUUUGUGUAAAACCAUGUGUAACCGGUGCUUACUGCCAGUAUCGUGCCACCUCACGGAGAACUGCUCUCUCUAACUAUAUAACUGGUGCUUUACUAGAAGCAACUACAUCAGUAGGAGCAAGAAGUGGUCUUUUAAAUAUCUUUGGAGGAUCAACUGGAAGAACAAUGCUUAAAGAACGUCAAGCGUGUGCAUCUAUGGCUGGCUCCAGCGUCCUUCCCUCCAACGUGGCUGGUAUCAGCAAAGAGCUGAUGGAACUGCAGCACCUCAUCCAGUUCCCUGAGGAGGUUGCCAGCAUUCUGACCGAGCAGGAGCAGGAGCUGUACCGGAAAGUCUUACCCAUUGACUACCUCUGCUUUUUAACCAAGGAUUUGAGUAAUGCUGAAUGUCAAAGCAAGCUGCCAUCCAUUAAAGCUUCCAUAUCUGCUACUAUUCUUUCUUCCUGCAGUGGUGAACAGAAUGCCAUAGAAGAUCUUGUGACAAGGUUUAAUGAGGUGAGCUCAUGGGUUACUUGGCUGAUCCUGACUGCAGGUUCUAUGGAGGAGAAACGAGAAGUCUUCUCAUAUUUAGUACAUGUGGCAAAGUGCUGCUGGAAUAUGGGCAACUACAAUGCUGUAAUGGAAUUCCUGGCAGGGCUAAGGUCAAGAAAAGUUUUAAAAAUGUGGCAAUUUAUGGACCAGUCUGAUAUUGAAACCAUGCGGAGUCUGAAAGAUGCUAUGGCCCAACACGAGUCAUCAUCUGAAUACAGGAAAGUAGUCAACCGGGCACUCAAUAUUCCAGGCUGUAAAGUUGUUCCUUUCUGUGGUGUAUUUUUAAAAGAGCUUUGUGAAGUUUUGGAUGGAGCAUCAAGCCUCAUCAGACUGUGCCCACGAUAUAACUCCCAAGAUGAAACAUUAGAGUUUGUUUCAGAUUACAGUGGACAAGAUAAUUUCUUGCAACGAGUAGGCCAAGACGGUUUAAAUAAUCCAGAAAAAGAAUCAACAGCAAACCAUAUCUUUCAAACCAUUCGGAGCUGCCAUCGCAGUUUGGAGUCUGAGGAGGGUGAAGAUAAUUUGAGUGAAGGAAGUGAUUCAAGAAAAAACUCUUUGAAGGACAAAACCCGCUACCAAUUUCUAAUUGGAGAUCUUUCAGAUUCUGAAAAUGAUAUAUUUGAGCAGCUGAAGGAGUGGGACGCAAGUUCAACAGAAGAACAACAAAGGGCUUUCUGCCAUGGAAUAGAACUCAUUCCCUGGUACGUGUUAUCUAUCAGGGCGGAUGUCUAUCAGUUCAUGCAGCAAGGGGCAACUGUCAUUCAUUAUGACCAGGAGACGCAUCUCUCGGCACGUUGCUUUCUUCAACUUCAACCUGACAACAGUACUUUAACUUGGACAAAACCCACAACAGUUUGCCCUGCAAAUGCUAAGGCAAAACUGAGUGCGCUGGGUAAUACUGCUGAGCUUGGUAAAUACCAAUUUCUUGGUAAUACUGGACUGGUAGAAGGUUUUUUGGACUUGUUUUCAGCCAAGGCUGUAUAUAUGGGACACUCUGGCAUUGAUAUGCACACUGUGUGUGUUCAAAAUAAACUUUGUAAUAUGUCCCUUGAAGAAAACGGUAUAACACUACUUUAUGGACUUCAGACUACUGAUAAUAAGUUGCUGCACUUUGUUGCUCCAAAAUAUACUGCCCGAAUGCUGUAUGAUGGAUUGCUGGAAUUGACUGAAGCUGUAAGAAAAAUGAGGAAAUUCCCUGAUCAAAGACUACAGUGGCUACGGAAACAGUAUGUCAGCCUUUACCAGGAGGAUGGAAGGUUUGAAGGCCCAACCUUAGCUCAGGCUGUGGAACUGUUUGGAGGCAGACGAUGGAGUGCAAGAAGCACAAGCACAGGAACUCUGACCAAAGGCAUCGAGAAAGCUAAUGUACAGAGAAACAACACUCUGGGAAUAAGCACAGCUAAGAAAAAGAAAAAAGUACUCAUGAGGGGUGAAAGCGGAGAGGCCACUGAUGACGAAAUGGCAACUCGGAAGGCAAAAAGCUGCAAGGAAUAUCGUAAUAGAAGUGGUUCAGAUCCUCAAGAUAUUGAUGAGCAAGAAGAACCAGAUCAAAAUAUUAUUAAUGCUUCUCCGUCUAACAACCUGCCAUCAAGAAGAGCUCACUCUCUGACAGCAUCUGGAUCUCCUAAUUUAGGAUCUACAUCUUCACCAACAAGGCCAGUCUCCUCUCCUGUAAUGUCUUCAAGCAAGAGUCAGUCUAGCACAUGGAGCAGCAGUAGCUGGCAUGGCCGUGUUAAAGGAGGAAUGAAAGGGUUUCAGAACUUCAUGGUGUCUGAUAGCAACAUGACUUUUGUGGAAUUUGUAGAGCUCUUCAAGUCUUUCAGUGUCCGUAGCCGCAAGGAUCUGAAAGACCUUUUUGAUGUCUAUGCUGUGCCUUGCAAUCGAUCCGGUUUAGACCCUGCUCCACUUUACACUAAUUUGAAGAUUGAUGAAAAUAGCAGUGGAUUCCAGCCUGAUUUGGAUUUGUUAACUAGAAAUGUUUCAGACCUUGGUUUGUUCAUUAAGAGCAGGCAGCAGCUAUCAGACAACCAGAGACAAAUAUCUGAUGCUAUUGCUGCUGCCAGUAUCGUGACCAACGGUACUGGUGUUGAAAGCACAUCUCUGGGAAUAUUUGGUGUGGGAAUCCAGCAGCUAAAUGACUUCCUAGUGAAUUGCCAAGGAGAACACUGCACCUAUGAUGAAAUCCUCAGUAUUAUCCAGAAAUUUGAACCCAGUGUAAAUAUGUGCCAGCAGGGGCUACUAUCUUUUGAAGGAUUUGCAAGAUUUUUGAUGGAUAAAGACAACUUUGCUUCUAAAAAUGAUGAGUCACAAGAGAAUGCUGAGGACUUACACUUUCCACUGUCCUAUUACUACAUAGAAUCUUCACACAAUACUUACCUUACUGGCCAUCAGCUUAAAGGGGAGUCCUCAGUAGAGCUCUACAGCCAGGUUCUUUUACAAGGCUGCAGAAGUGUAGAAUUGGACUGCUGGGAUGGGGAUGAUGGGAUGCCCAUUAUUUAUCAUGGGCAUACUCUUACUACUAAGAUCUCUUUUAAGGAGGUAGUUGAAGCUAUUGAUCGCAAUGCAUUUAUCACCUCAGACAUGCCCAUUAUCAUAUCAAUAGAAAACCACUGUUCCCUGCCUCAGCAACGCAAGAUGGCUGAAAUUUUCAAGAAUGUAUUUGGAGAUAAGCUGGUAACAAAGUUUUUAUUUGAGAGUGAUUUUUCCGACGAUCCCAUGCUUCCUUCACCUGGCCAACUGAAAAGAAAAAUCCUGCUUAAAAACAAGAAGCUGAAAGCCCAUCAAACACCAGUAGAUAUAUUGAAGCAAAAGGCUCACCAGCUGGCUCACAUGCAAGCGCAGGCUAGCAAUGGUGCUGGCAACCCAACACCUACCAACGAAGAGGAAGAUGAUGAAGAGGAUGAGUAUGACUAUGACUAUGAAUCUCUCUCUGAUGAUAACAUUCUUGAAGACCGACCUGAGAAUAAAUUAUCAAGCGAUAAGCUGCAGUAUGAAUAUAACGAAGAGACUGCCAAACGAAUAAAGAAGGCUGACUGUGCUGCUUACAAUACUAAAGGAAAGGUUUAUGACAUGGAGCUGGGUGAGGAAUUCUAUCUUCCACAAAACAAGAAGGAAAGCAGACAGAUAGCCCCAGAGCUAUCAGAUCUUGUCAUUUACUGUCAAGCUGUAAAGUUCCCCGGCUUGUCAACUCUAAACCCAUCUGGCUCUAGCAGAGGAAAAGAAAGAAAGAGCAGGAAGUCCAUUUUUGGCAACAAUCCUGGCAGGCUGAGCCCUGGGGAGGCAGCUACUCUUGCCAAAGCAUCUGGAAAAGGCCCUUUUGAUGCGAUGCGGCAGACCUGGGAAGAUCCUUGCUCUCCUUACAACUCUCCAGCUUCUCUCAGUGCUAUCAUAAGGACACCCAAGUGCUAUCACAUCUCCUCCCUGAAUGAGAACGCUGCCAAGCGGCUGUGCAGGCGGUACUCUCAGAAGCUGAUCCAGCACACCACCUGUCAGCUCCUGAGGACCUACCCCGCUGCCACGCGCAUCGAUUCCUCAAAUCCCCAUCCCCUGAUCUUCUGGCUCCAUGGCAUACAGCUCGUGGCUCUUAACUACCAAACAGAUGAUCUUCCUCUGCAGCUUAAUGCAGCCAUGUUUGAGGCUAAUGGUGGCUGUGGAUAUGUUUUGAAACCUCCUGUUCUGUGGGAUAAAAGCUGUUCAAUGUACCAGCAGUUUUGCCCGCUAGAAAGAGAUCUUGAUAAUAAGGAGCCAGCUAUAUAUUCUUUAACAAUUGUGUCUGGGCAGAACGUCUGCCCUGGCAAUAGCAUGGGCAGUCCGUGCAUUGAAGUGGAUGUCCUGGGGAUGCCUCUGGAUAGCUGCCACUUCCGGACAAAGCCCAUUCACCGCAACACCCUCAACCCCAUGUGGAAUGAACAGUUCCUGUUCCGUGUUCACUUCGAGGAUUUGGUCUUUCUUCGGUUCGCUGUUGUUGAAAAUAACAGCUCAGCUGUGACAGCUCAGAGAAUCAUUCCCCUGAAAGCACUAAAAAGAGGUUAUAGGCAUGUCCAGCUCCAUAACCUGCACAAUGAAGCAUUAGAAAUUUCUAGUUUGUUCAUAAAUAGUCGGAGAAUGGAAGAAAGUCCUUCUGGAAACACUCUGCCUGCAUCUGUGUUGUUUAGCAUGGGGGAAAGGAAAGCUGCUAUGACUUACAAAGUGACAAUUCAUGGAAUUCCGGGACCAGAGCCUUUCACAGUUUUUAAUAUAAGUGGGGGGACCACAGCUGCACAGCUUCUCCACCAGCUCUUGGCUACCACAAAAGGCACUGAGUCAUGCGCUGCAGACUAUUUUCUGAUGGAAGAGAAAAGCUUUAUAUCUAAAGAAAAGAGUGAAUGCAAAAAACCACCAUUCCAGAGGGUGAUUGGUCCUGAAGAAGGACUAGUGCAGCUUUUGAACAGUUGGUUCCCAGAAGAAGGAUAUGUUGGAAGGAUUAUCUUUAAAACCCGAGAGGAAAAUUUAAAUGAGAGAAAUGCCCUUCAAGAAGCAAAGGAGGAAGCAGCCAUCAGCUCUGAGGAUGACAGUUUCUUUGUUCAGGUACAUGAUGUCUCCCCAGAGCAACCACGCACUGUCAUCAAAGCUCCCCGCUUCAGCACAGCUCAGGACGUCAUACAGCAGACUCUUUGCAAAGCGAAGUACUCCUACAGCAUUUUGAGCAAUCCAAACCCAAGUGAUUAUGUGCUCUUGGAAGAGGUGACAAAAGAGCCAGCAAACAAAAAGUCCGUGACAUCUAAGCCAUCUCAAAGGAUUCUCUCUGAUCAAGAGUGUGUGUUUCAAGCCCAAAGCAAGUGGAAGGGUGCAGGAAAAUUUAUUCUUAAACUCAAAGAACAGGUUCAGGCAGCACGAGAUGACAAAAGAAAAGGCAUUUCCUUUGCCAGUGAACUCAAGAAGUUAACCAAGUCAAGUAAGCAGUACCGGGGAUUCAUAUCACCACCUCUGCAGGUCCUGCCAGACAGUCCACAGAGCAAAGAUGAGAGGUCUGCCUGCGGUUUGACUUUUAGCGACCUUAUGGAGUAACAGCCACCACUGCCUACAGUGCGGUCUA